AACACGUGAAUGAUUUCCUAUUGACAGUUCAACAGUUCAUUCAAAGUUCGUCAGAAAAACAAUUAAAUAAGUGCAUAAUAGGCACGUUAGAUUUGUUGAAAUGGGCCAAAAAGAAGAAAAUUCCGUGAAAAUGGACACAGAUGAAGCCAAAAUAGACUAUAGGAACAAAAUCUGCUUGGCACCUAUGGUCAAGAUUGGCACACUGGCGACUCGAUUAUUGUCAUUGCGAUAUGGAGCUGAUCUUGUUUACACCGAGGAGAUAAUUGACUUCAAAUUCCUUGGAUCCUAUCGAUAUGAGAAUGAAGUCCUAGGCACCGUCGAUUUUGUCGACAAAAACAACGGUGCACUUACCUUCAGAACAUGUCCAUUGGAAAAAGGAAAGGUUGUACUGCAGUUGGGCACAGCGAACGCCGAACGUGCAUUAAAAGUGGCCAAAAUGGUGGAGAAUGAUGUGGCGGCUAUCGAUAUCAACAUGGGAUGUCCAAAAGCAUUCAGUCUCAAAGGUGGAAUGGGUGCCGCUCUAUUAACCGAUCCAGAACGAGCGAAAAACAUUCUGAAUACUUUGGUGCAAAAUGUCAAAAUUCCUGUUACAUGCAAAAUUCGAAUUUUGAACAAUCCAGAUGACACCAUCAAAUUGGCGGAGGAAUUUGAGGCAACUGGUAUCAGCGCCAUUGGAGUUCAUGGCCGGAAAAAAGACGAACGACCACAUCAUCCAAAUAACACAGAAGCGAUACGCAAAAUUGCUGAACGUUUGAAGAUUCCAGUAAUUGCAAACGGCGGAUCUCGUGAUAUUGACAACUACGAUGACAUCUUGAAAUUUCGCCAUAAAUGUGGUACGACGAGUGUAAUGAUAGCACGAGCAGCUGAAUGGAACGUGUCUGUGUUUCGAAAAGAAGGGAAACUGCCAUUGGACGAAGUCAUAACCGAAUACUUGAAGCUGUGCAUCGAUUUUGAUAGCUCGCCAAACAUAACCAAAUACUGUGUGCAAAUGAUGCUGCGCGAAUUGCAAGAAACGCCGAGAGGCAAGAAAUUUUUGGAAUGUCAGACUUUAAAUGAAAUUUGUGAUAUAUGGGAUUUGGGAGAUUAUUGCCGAAAGACACAAAGAGAGUACGAGGAAAAGGGUAUGCAUUGUCGUCGGUCGUGUGUUCCAGACACAGUUUUACGGAGAAAUGAAGACGGAACGGAUAGCCCCUGUCCAAAACGAAUAAAAGUUUCAAACGAUCCAGAUAUUUACACUAGAAGUAUCGCUUACUUCCGGGCUCAUUAUACCGAAAAAGAUAUGCCAAAAGUGAUUCUACACACAUAUGCGCAUAAAAACGGACUGAAUAUUCCCACAUAUGAGACAAAUCAAGAAGAUUCCCUAUUCCAAACGGUGAUUACAUUUCAAGGCAAAAAAUACGCAAGCUCGUAUUGGGAGAAGAACAAACGGUUUGCCGAACAAGCAGCGGCUCUCGUAUGUCUGCUGGGCAUAGAUUUAGUCAAAGAAGAAGAUCUGAUUAAGAAAGGGAGCCUGCUGAACAGAUAGAAUUCAACAUUUAUAAGAAUGUCACUUUGUAAAUUCUGUUGUAAUUAAUUUGUGUACAUGAAAAUGAAGAGAAAAUUGGCAAAAAAAAUUUGGUAAAUAAUUGCUCUAUUCAUCUGCUACAUCUUCAGCGUCAUCGUAAGAAGGCUGUUGUCGUUGUCUUUGUGUUCUCUGUUGACGGUUUGUACGUUGUCUUGACUGUGAAUUACGUCUGGUGCUUCUUCGAGUGGUCGAAGCUCCUUUUGGAGCUCUCGUGGUUCAUCUGAAUCGACUUUGUCUACCGCAUUGACUCCGACCAUUUCGUUGAGGCCCACCAUAUCGAUAAGAUCUACCAUUUCGAUUUGGUGGGCUACGACGACCCGAACGUCCAAUGUCAGUAGAACCACUUCUGCAAAAUCAAUUUUCGGUGGAAAUGGUGGUUAUGGAGGUUGUAGAUCGGGUGGAAAAUCCAAUGAUUAAACUCUCUGAUCAAAUUGGUGAGUUUGCCUAUAUAUCGUUCUAAUCUAAAUUUUGAUUGAAAACGCAUAGAAGUUUGACUUUCCACAUUUUCUUUUGUUUGAAAAUUGAGAAAAAAAAACAAUGAAAGCACAAAAUUGAAGUGACCUCCAAAUUCAACCUCAACUUAUAUAUUAAAAUAACGUCAGCAAUAUUGCGACGAAAUACUUGCGUAAAUAUUGGGACAAAAAUGGAUGAAAUAAAAUCAGGAUUCGAAUUUAU